AUGGGAAAGCUCGUCCGACUGGAGCUUUUCAAUUUCAAGUCCUACAAGGGCCACCAUGUCUUGCUUUUCGGUGAUGCCUACUUUACGUCCAUCAUUGGACCCAAUGGAUCGGGGAAAUCGAAUUCAAUGGACGCCAUUUCUUUCGUGCUUGGUAUCAAGUCGUCGCAUCUUCGCUCAACCAACCUAAAAGAUCUCGUGUAUCGUGGUCGUGUCCUCAGAACAUCCAAAAUCAAUGGCGACGGGUCUGCUACGAAUGAAGUCCAAGAAAAUGGCGAUGACGACGAGGAGGAUGGACAGGACGUAGAAAAUUCUCAAGGCGAUCGCGGUGACCCGCGCUCAGCAUGGGUCAUGGCUGUAUACGAAGACGAUGCCGGUGAAGAGCAACAUUGGAAACGGUCGAUCACAAGCUCUGGUGUCAGUGAAUACCGCAUCAAUAACAAGUCGGUCACCGCUCAGCAGUACAACGAAGCGUUGGAGACAGAAAACAUUCUGAUCAAAGCACGUAAUUUUCUUGUCUUCCAGGGAGAUGUCGAAGCAAUUGCUUCUCAGUCGCCCAAAGACCUCACGCGGUUGAUUGAACAAAUCUCGGGCAGUUUAGAAUACAAGGCCGAGUAUGAACGUCUCAAAGCGGAACAGGAAGAGGCUGGAGAGCAGCAAACUCAUCAACUAAAUCGUCGCCGAGCAAUCAACUCCGAAAUUAAACAAUACCAGGAACAAAAGAGAGAGGCAGAAAACUAUGCUCGGAAGGCUGAGGAACGUGAUCAAGCUAUAAUCACUCACAUCCUUUGGAAGCUUUUCCACUUCCAACGUCUAAUCGACGAGUCUAGCGCGGAAAUCCAGAAACACCAAGAUGAACUCAAAGAGUACCGCCGAGGUGUUGAGAAAUACGAAAGGAACCUUGAGGAGGCUAAAAAGGAGCAUGCCAAAGUCGGUAGAGAUGUGUCCAAUGCGGAGCGAAAUAUUACCAAGAAGGAGAAGGAUAUUGAGGAUGCCACAAACUCGCUGGUUCCUAUUGAGGAAAAGAUCGAGAUUACCACCGGCAAAGUACAGCGGUACACUUCGAGGAUUUCGGAUAUCACUAAAGAGCGCGAUUCUCAAGCCGCAAAUGCGAAGCGUCUCGAAAAAGACUUGAAAGUUGUGGAAAAAGCGCAAGCUCAAUGGGAAGCGGAAUGGGAGAAAACAAUGAGUAGAGCAGGUGGCCAACUCAGCGAAGCAGACCUCCAGGAAUAUAAUAAACUCAAAGAAGAGGUCAACAAACGCACUUCAGCUGAACAGCUGAAGCUGGACAACCUUCGACGACAAAGAAAAACCGACGCGGAAACGGUCAACAGUUUGAACAGCAAAUUUGAGAAUGCUCAGUGGCUGCUUCAAAGCUUAGAAGCAGAAACCAAGACCCUUAAGGAACGCAAGUCUGAUAUCAAUGACACUGUCAAGACUACAUCUCAAGAUAUUGACCGCAAGAAGAAGGAGCUGAAUGCGGUAGCAUCUGAACGACUUCGUGCUUCCCAAAUGCGUACGGAGCUGGAAGAAAAGCUUCAAGUGGUUUUGAAGAAGCUUCUUGAAGCCGAUGACGGCAGGAAGCAAAGCGAAAAGGAAAUCAGAAUGAAGGAAAUGAUUUCUACGCUAAAACGCAUCUUUCCUGGUGUCAAGGGCCGCGUCAGUGAUCUAUGUAAACCAAAGCAAAAGAAGUACGCCGAAGCUGUCAGCACCGUUCUUGGUCGUCAUUUCGAUGCGGUUGUUGUCGACAACGAAAAGACCGCCAAAGAAUGUAUCCAACAUCUCCGCGAUCAACGAGCUGGCCAAGCAACUUUCAUCCCACUGGAAACUAUUCAGGUGAAAGCUUUUAACUCGAACCUGAAAGGCAUGCAUCGGGGAAUGCGUCUUGCUAUUGAAACAGUCGAUUAUGAAAAUUCUGUUUCACGAGCUAUUAGCUACGCUUGUGGCAAUGCUAUCGUCUGCGAUGAUCUUGAUACCGCCAAGUAUUUGUGCUAUGAAAAAGGAGUCGACGCCAAGGCAGUUACCCUCGAUGGUACAGUGAUACACAAGGGCGGUCUCAUGACUGGUGGUCGUGGACCAGGACACCAAAGCUCAAAGCGAUGGGAUGAUUCUGAACUCGAGAGUCUUCAUAAACUAAAAGACAAGUUACUAGGUGACCUUGCUGCCUUACCCAAGGGACAUCGCCGAGGAACGGACGAAGAGACUUUGCAAGGUGAACUUGUUGGUCUUGAACAACGCCUCACUUAUGCUAGAGAAGAAUUGAAAGCUCUAGACCGUAAUUUGGAAAGCAAAGGCAGCGAGCUUCAGUUCGCCAAAAAGCAAUUAGCAGAGGUCCAGCCCAAGCUUCGCGAGAAACAAAAGGCGCUUACCCAUCUAGACAGCGCUAUCAAGAAGUCAGAAGAGUCAGUGGGUAGUGUCGAAGAUGAAAUCUACGGCGAUUUCUGUAGCCGUCAUAGAUAUGAAAGUAUCCGGGAUUACGAGGCUCAACAAGGAUCAUUGCAAGCUGAGGCUGCUCGCAAGAAGGUGGAGUUUACCACGCAAAAGAGCAGAAUUGAGAAUCAAUUAAGCUUCGAGAAACAACGUCUGCAGGCAACAGAUGAUCGUAUCGAAACGUUGAAGGCUCAGUUCAAGCGUGAUGAAGCCCUUAUUCAAGGACUGAAGGCUGAACAAGACAGUAUUCGCAAUCGCCUAGAUGAGCUUGGAGCCGAGCUAGAGAUUCUAAGAGAGCGCCUUGAUGAACAAACAGAUCUAUAUGCCGAAUCUCAAGAAAAACUGGCCGUCCAAAGACGAGAGCUCCAGAAACGAAACAAGAACGUAGAGGACACUCUCCGGACGGUCAGCACUUUGGAAGGAGAGAUUCAGCGCAACUCCUCUAAUCGAUACGGUCUUCUCCGUCGGUGCAAACUUGAGGGCAUCGAUGUUCCGCUAUCAGAUGACUCGGCGGCUUUGGACAAUUUGCCCAUUGAUGACCUCGUGCAAAAUGCCGACCCCGAUGCUAUGGACAUUGAUGAGGAUACUAAUGUGACUGGAUUGGAGACGCCUGCAGUGCAAGAUUACGGCAUUGAAGUUGAUUUUGAUUCUCUAGGAGAGACCUUGAAAGAGUCCUCCGAGGAGAAACUUGAAGAGGAACUGCAAGAACGUAUUCGCUCCCUCAAUAGUGAACUCGACAAAAUGGCACCUAACACUCGAGCCUUGGAGCGACUUGAAAGCGUCGAGAACAAGCUUCGCAGUACGGAGAAAGACUUUGAGGAUGCACGAAAACGGGCUAAGAAGGCCAAGGACGAUUUCGAGACGGUCAUGAGGAAGCGGUCGGAAUUGUUCAACAAGGCAUUCUCACACAUCUCCGAGCAAAUUGGCCCUAUUUACCGGGAACUCACCAGAAGCGCCAAUUACCCUCUUGGUGGUCAAGCAUAUCUUGACAUUGAAGAUUCCGAUGAACCAUAUCUGGACGGCAUCAAAUAUCACGCAAUGCCUCCGCUCAAGCGUUUCCGUGAUAUGGAACACUUGUCUGGUGGAGAGAAGACAAUGGCCGCCCUGGCCUUACUCUUUGCGGUCCACUCUUAUCAGCCAUCUCCCUUUUUCGUACUCGAUGAGGUCGAUGCUGCCUUGGAUAAUACCAAUGUUGCCCGUAUUGCAAACUAUAUUCGAGACCAUGCCGCGCCUGGCAUGCAGUUCAUCGUUAUCAGUUUGAAGACUGGUUUAUUCCAGUUAAGUGAGGCACUUGUCGGUAUUUACCGCGACCAAACAGAGAAUAGCAGUAAUUCUCUGACCCUAGAUCUGCGCAAAUACCAAUAA